UAACACUGCUGUCAGACAACGGGUGCAUUAGUGCGUGUGUAAAAACGUAGACGUUUAUUUAUUGUUAAAUUAAAAAUUCGUGGCGGUUUCCUGUUGUAUUUUUCCGUCUUGAGCACUCACUAGCUAGCCCGCUUAGCUGAUGCGUUAGCUUUUAUUGCCUCUUCUCCUUGUCGGCAGUCUGAGCACAUCCCCUCAUCGGGAUUUUUACAGUAGGGCUGGGAAUGAGUCUUUAAUUGCAGGACCAGCGUCUGAGGAUGGCGCCUCUCUUGGUAGUCGGGCUGGCUUUGUGCCUCAGCGGGACUUGGGCUGUGGACAAAGGCAAUUUCAAGACCUGUGAGCAGAGUGCGUUCUGCAAGCGUCAGCGAGCUUUGAAGCCUGGAGAGUCUCCUUAUCGAGCCCUGCUGGAGACCAUGGAGCUGACCAACACCAGACUCACCCUGCAGCUCAUCAAUGACAACAACAAGGUGCGUCUGUUGCUCGAGCUCUACCGCCUCCAGGGAAACAUAACGAGGGUGAAGAUUAACGAGCUUAAGCCUCUGAAACCUCGCUAUGAAGUCCCAGACGUGCUCAUCAGGGAGCCUACCACAGAGCCCCUAUCUGUCUUGUCUCAGGACGAGAACGGUGUGGUGCUGUCCCUAGGGGUGGAGUCUCAGAGAGUCAUUAUUAGCGCCCGGCCCUUCCGACUGGACAUCAUGGAAGGAAGCGACGUGCUGAUGUCUCUGAACUCGCGCGGCCUGCUGGCCUUUGAGCACCUGAGGAUGCGCAAGGACACUUUCUCCUAUAAAGUAACUAGCACAGUGGCUAGCGUGUGGGAUAAUAUCAAGAGGGUAUUCUCUAGUCAGGCAGACCCAGAGGCUGAGAAGAAGGAGGAGGCUGAUCCAGCAAAGCAAGCAGAGACAACGAAGGAAGAGGAAGAGAAAGUAGAAGACGGGAUGUGGGAAGAAACAUUUAAAUCGCACACAGACAGCAAACCUAAUGGUCCAUCUGCUGUUAGUUUAGAUUUCUCAUUGCCAGGAGUCGAGCAUGUUUAUGGUAUUCCAGAACAUGCAGACACUCUCAGACUCAAAACAACAGAUAAUGGAGAUCCGUAUCGACUCUAUAACCUGGAUGUGUUCCAGUAUGAACUGUAUAACCCUAUGGCCUUGUACGGGUCUGUCCCAGUGAUGCUAGCCCAUAGUGCCCAGCGAACUACAGGCAUCUUCUGGCUUAAUGCUGCAGAGACCUGGGUGGAUAUUAGCUCCAACACAGCUGGAAAGACUGUUUUUGGGAAAAUGCUAGAUUAUGUUCAGGGCUCCAGUGAGACACCACAGACAGAUGUGCGUUGGAUCUCUGAAAGCGGCAUCAUUGACGUCUUCAUUAUGCUGGGACCAACUCCUAAAGACGUCUUCUCUCAGUACGCCUCUCUUACAGGCACUCAGUCUUUCCCUCCACUGGCUUCCCUGGGAUACCAUCAGUGCCGCUGGAAUUACAAUGACCAGGAGGACGUGAAGUCGGUCGAUGCCGGCUUUGAUGAGCACGACAUCCCCUACGACUUCAUCUGGCUCGAUAUCGAGCACACCGAUGGGAAGCGCUACUUCACCUGGGAUCCACACAAGUUUGCAACCCCGAAGGAGAUGCUGCAGGGUCUCAUGGACAAGAAGCGCAAGAUGGUUGCUAUUGUGGACCCCCACAUUAAAGUAGACAGCAACUACAAGAUCCAUAAUGAAAUCCGCUCUCUGGGUUUCUAUGUCAAGAAUAAAGAUGGUGGCGACUAUGAAGGCUGGUGCUGGCCUGGAAGUGCCAGUUAUCCAGACUUCACUCGUGCAGACAUGAGAGCCUGGUGGGCCAGCAUGUUUGCCUACGAUCAGUAUGAGGGCACCAUGGAGAACCUGUAUACAUGGAAUGACAUGAAUGAGCCGUCGGUCUUCAAUGGGCCGGAGGUCUCUAUGCACAAGGAUGCAAUGCAUGGAGCCUGGGAGCAUCGUGAUAUACACAACCUGUAUGGUUUAUAUGUGCAAUUGGCCACGGCGGAGGGUUUGAUCCAGCGGUCAGGAGGAGUUGAGCGACCAUUUGUCCUGACCAGGGCCUUCUUCGCUGGGUCUCAGCGCAUCGGUGCUGUGUGGACAGGAGAUAAUGCUGCUGAGUGGGACCACCUGAAAAUAUCCAUCCCCAUGUGUUUGAGUAUGGGCCUGGUUGGAAUCUCUUUCUGUGGAGCUGACAUCGGUGGCUUCUUCAAGUCUCCCAGCACUGAACUGCUUGUGCGUUGGUACCAGGCGGGUGCUUACCAGCCAUUCUAUAGAGCCCAUGCCCAUCUGGACACGCCCCGCCGCGAGCCCUGGCUGUUUGGUCCAGAAAACACUGCAUUGAUCCGUGAAGCCGUGCGCCAGCGCUACACCCUCCUGCCCUACUGGUACCAGCUGUUCUACCGCGCAUAUGUGACAGGAGAGCCCGUCAUGAGACCUCUGUGGGUGGAGUAUCCUCAGGAUCUGGCUACUUUUGCUCUGGAAGACGAGUACUUAAUCGGACGAGACUUGCUGGUGCACCCAGUUGUUGAGGAGGGAGCCAGAGGAGUCACUGCCUACCUGCCCGGCAAAGAUGAGGUCUGGUUCGAUGUCCACACCUUCCAGAAACACAACGGAGCCCAAAACCUUUACAUUCCUGUCACCAUGAGCUCUAUCCCGGUUUUCCAGCGUGGCGGUUCCAUAAUUCCCAGGAAGCUUAGAGUCCGCAGGUCCUCCACCUGCAUGGAGCAUGACCCCUACACUCUCUAUGUGGCUCUUAAUCUCCAGAGAACUGCAGAUGGUGAGCUCUACAUAGACGAUGGCCAUACUUUCAACUAUGAAAAGAAGGAGUUCAUCUACAGGAAGCUUACCUUUGCCAACAAAGUCCUCUCUUCUGUUAACCUUGCUCCUGAUGCCAAGUUUACUACCGAUUCCUGGAUUGAACGUAUUAUCGUACUGGGAGCCAGUAAACCCAGCAAAGUUACCCUUAAGACUGCUGAUGGCCAAGAGAAGCAGCUGGAGUUCGAUUUUGACGCCUCCAUGUCUGUUCUGACAGUCCGUAAGCCCGGCAUGAACGCAGGGGCCGACUGGACCGUGACGUUUCAGUAAUUGCGAAAGAUGAAAGAGGAGGAAGCAGGAGAGGGGAAACGACUGAUUUGAACCGAAAGUGUGCAGAGGGAGAGAGAGGGAAACAGAAAAAAGGCACUAAUACCCAUAACUAACUAAAACAGAGUAAGAUAGGCAACAUGGUGGGGUAACAAGACACUGAUUACACGCACACAGAGAUUCAUGUAUUACCUGUUAGUCGAUCUGAGCCACUUUACUUCUCUGCCAUUUCCCUCUUGUGUUCACACUCUAAUACGUAACAGAGAGAGUUCAGGGUUAUUGCUAGAUGAACAAUUAUGUUUUGCCACAUUGCUCGACCUGUUUGAUUCAUGUCAUUGUUAGGAAUCUUUGGGGUAAGACAGAAACUUGUUUUUGUUUUGUUUUUUCGUCCAUUUCAUUUUCCAUCCAGUUUGCCUCAGAAAAAACCCCCCAAACCAAUCCACUGUUUUCCAUUUAAAAUGAAGGUUCACUUUCAAAGCCUCCAUCUGCUGCUGAUCCCCUCGAUGCUCAUCGAAAACUCAUUUCAUUCCUCUUUUAAGAAAAGCACUUAAAUUGACUUAGAUUCAGGCUGUCUUUUUUUGUUCCCUGUAUUGCAGAAUUUGUGCACAUGGUUAAUCAACCGGCACCGAUCUGGUUAUUUACCUGCUGCUCAGUGAGGGGAUUUGCAGCUGUUGUUUAGAACAAAGUUGGCAAUGGGAAUCACUUCAGGGGACUGAACCACUGACAAUUUGUGGCUCAUUCUGUUGAUGUGCUUUCAUUGUUUUAUCUUUUUGUUUUCCAGCAUUGUUCAAGAGAUUUUUUUUCCCUUAAAUGCACUUAAAGAAGAAUGAGAACUGAUUGAAAUGAUUAUGUGGAGGUGGGUUAUGCUCCACCUAGUCAAAUGAUCUGACCUUUUUUGUAGUUUUGUUCUGGGAGGGUUGUUUUUUUUUUGUUUGUUUGUUUGUUUUUGUUUUUUGCUUGAUUGCUUUUAUGAUCACAACCAUACGCUUAGUUGCAUUUUUGUUGGUGAUGAACUGGUGGAAAUGGAAGUGAAGGAUCGGACUUCAGCUCUCAAAGUUGUCAGAUGUACUUUAAAAAGAUGAGACCAAGUGAAAAUAAAAUUGAUCAAAUGUAA